AACACAGCUUUACAAGUUGAAGUACAAAUAAGCAAUCGAUGUCUACUUGCUGCCACUAUCAUCUCGAACGAAGCUCACCCGUUUUAUAUGAACGAAGUGCACAAAGGCGAUCCAAUCCUUUUCAAGUACAUGCCACCACCUCAGUCUAACGAAAACGCAUUUGUCGAUAUAAGUGACGGUCAGGCUGAUAUAUCAUACGGCAGAUAUAUCGCUGCAGGAAAGCGGCUGAGAUCAUCGGCAUUUAUUACCCCAGAUGGUCGAAUUUCGGUUUCCCUCAACUUGAAUCGCAAACACCCUGAGCUCCCAGAGGAUCAUGCCCCAUAUGUCAAGGAAUUCGCUGUUGACCGAGAGUGGACAAGGUUCCCUAAGAUGAACAUUUUGAUCAUGAUUGUAGGAAGCCGCGGUGACGUCCAGCCUUACGUUGCUCUAGGAAAGAGAUUAAGAAGCGACGGCCAUCGCGUACGAAUAGCGACACACGAGACGUUCAGAACGUUUGUUACCAAAGAAGAGUUAGAGUUCUUCGACAUUGGAGGAAAUCCACAAGACCUG